AUGAUGCGAUCUGGUCUUAUUUCUAUGAUCUAUGACCAGACCAUCGACAUGACUGCGGCUGAUUUGACUGAUUCCGCGGCUAUUACAUUGAUGGGUACCGAUGUUGAACGGAUAGUGGCUAACUUGAAAAACUUGCAUGAGGCAUGGGCGUCUAUUAUAGAAGUGGGGAUCGCGAUUUGGUUAUUAGAGCGCGAGAUCGGGGUUGCCUGCUUUAUACCUCUUGUCACCUCACUGGCAUCCGUGGCAGGAAUGGUCCCAGUGUCAAGCCUAUCUGGGCAGGCGCAAAAGCAAUGGAUCGAGCGAGUACAAAAGCGACUGGAAGUGACAGCAAACACGUUAGGCAGCAUGAAGGCUGUACAAAUGCUCGGGCUUGGCGAUGUCAUUUUACCGCUGGUGUCACGUCUGCGUGAAAUUGAAGUGAAAACUUCAGUCACUUUCCGGAAGUUGUUGAUAUGGCAGGUUGCGCUCUCGAACGUGCCUGUUGUCUUCGCUCCCUUCGCUACGUUCACAAUCUACGCAAUAAUAUCUGCUGUGCGACACGAUGGGUCAAUUCUCUCUGCUCAGGCAUUCACAUCCCUUGCUUUGAUUUCUCUUCUCACCAAUCCCCUACUCAUAUUUUGCCAAGUCAUGCCCGCACUAUGGCAAGCUAUCGCUUGCUUUGACCGGAUUGAAGCAUAUUGUGCGAAAUGCACCCCUUCACCCGCAAAGUAUGAAGAUGAGGCUCAGCCUGUCCCGUCAUCUGAAAAGUUCUGUCCAUUUUUGAUCUCAUUCCAAGAUGCAGACAUAGCAUGGUCCUCAGACAAAGAUCCCGUGCUCCGCCAUCUGACCCUCAAUAUUCGUCAGGGCAUUACGAUGAUCGUCGGUCCUGUUGGAUGUGGAAAGUCAACUCUGAUUGAGAGCAUCCUCAGUCAGCACAUGGUUAAAGAUGGUUCCAGAACAGCCUCGUUCUCAAGAGCGGCCUAUUGUCCACAGAUCCCGUGGAUCACGAAUGAUACCAUCCGGGCCAAUAUCAUCGGAUUCCUGGAAUUUGACCAAGCAUGGUAUGACUUCACAUGCGAGGCUUGUGGCCUGCAACAGGACCUCAGGGCUCUUGUGGAAGGUGACAUGCAUCUAGCUGGAAGCGGCGGCAUCUCACUUAGUGGAGGCCAAAAGCAGCGAAUUGCGCUAGCCCGGGCAGUCUACUCUAGGCUUGACGUUGUGAUCCUGGACAAUAUAUUCAGCGGGCUCGACUCAACAAAUAUUGCUUUUAUCUCGAACCAGCUGUUAGGCAAAGACGGCCACUUUAGAAAAGCGGGGAUAUCUGUUAUUCUCGCUAUGAGUACAGAUGAAAUUGUGACUAUAGAUGAGAGAAAGAUCACAGCUUCGGGGUCAUACAGUGAAAUACAAUCUAGGAAUCCAGGGAUUAUCUCAAAGGAUCAGAAGCCAGCGGCGAAUCCUCCCCUUGCAACGGCGGAGAAAUCAAACUUCCACCUCACGGUUGUCGAAAACAAAGAUCGUACCAGCAAUGCUGUGCAAACCGCCGACAAAAAAAGGGCCAUGCGUGUUAAACGGAACGGAAAUUGGCCCGUGUACACAUACUACUUUCGGAGCGCAGGAUACGGAAUUUUGGUCUCCUUUUUGGCCUUCACUAUUAUUGAGGCGUUCUGCUCCAGCUUUCAAACAUUAUGGAUUCAAUGGUGGGUUGAAGCAAAUGAAGAGCAACCUAACAAGCAGCUGGGGAUGUAUCUCGGUGUUUACGGAUUGAUAUUUGGGUUGGCAUUUCUGAGUCUCGUAACUGGCUGCUGGUUGCUUUUUGUUCCAGCCCUUAACAAUACUUCGCUGAAUUUGCAUUCCGAUCUUCUCAAAACAGCGCUUAGAUACCUGGCAGCCUCGGUCCCACUCUUGGGUGUGGUUCUAUUCUUCAUUCAGUCAUAUUAUCUGCGCACAUCCCGACAGGUCCGAUUGCUAGACAUCGAGGCCAAAGCACCUCUGUACACACACUUUCUCGAGACCAUCCACGGCAUAUCAAGCAUCCGAGCCUUCAACUGGGGGCUCCAGCUGCGAGAGAAAAGCCACUCCCUAUUAAACCGAUCGCAACGACCGGUAUACAUGCUUUACAGUAUCCAGCAAUGGCUGAUUCUGGUUUUGGAUUUGACUGUUGGAGCGAUCGCAGUCAUUCUAAUCGCCAUGGUCACAUCCCUAAAAGAUCGAUUUAAUGCAGCAUCCAUUGGGGUUGCACUCAACAUUUUACUGACACUAAAUCAAACCUUAGCAAAUGCCCUUAAGAUGUGGACUAUGACUGAAACCUCUAUCGGGGCCGUCACGCGCGUCCAGCGCUUUAUAGAAGAUACCCCAUCGGAAGAACGCGGUAUCGCAUCUUCAAUUGCUCCUCAACUACCGCAUAACUGGCCUUGCUAUGGUGAGGUAAAAUUCACAGAGGUGACUGCUGGAUAUGACCACUCAACUACUCCGAUCCUGAAAAGUCUUACCCUUACCAUCAAGCCGGGGGAGAAAAUUGCCAUUUGCGGAUCAUCCGGUAGUGGAAAAACAUCACUUAUCAUGGCGAUGCUCCAGAUGCUUGACAUUCAGUCCGGACGGAUAGAAAUAGACGGCAGGAACCUCACCGAAAUCCCGAGAAGCACAAUCCGCUCGCGCAUCAACGUUGUCCCCCAAGACCCAUUUUUUAUGCCAGGCACCCUCCGCUUCAAUCUCGAUCCUCGCCAGUGCGUGAUCGAUGCGGAACUGGUCCGUGCCAUUGAUAAGGUGGGCCUCUGGGAUCGAGUUCACGCCAAAGGGGGCUUGGAUAUGGAGUUCUCUACUGCGGACUGGUCGGUCGGACAGAGGCAAUUGCUUGCCUUGUCUCGGGCCCUGAUAAAAAAAGUUCUCUGUUGA